AUGACGGGAACAGACGGCAAAGACGGUGCCAGAGUCGAACUUCCCCGCACAAAGCGUUUUGGUCCUGAUAGCUCCCACGGUCGAUCGAAUCCCUUCAACGCUCUAUCUCCUCUUUCGGGCGGUGUGUCCUCCCCGUCGACGAACGCCUCGUCUGCAUUCGGCCUGGGAUCCGGCGCCUUUGCAUCUUUCGGUGCCCCCAAAACUCCCGGCGGCUCCGACCUCAAGACGCCCCUCGAGAAACGAGACAACCCGACGGAAUACGACUCGGCGGAGGGCACGAAGACGAGAGCCACUAGUUCUGUCAUCAGAGAACACCCUCUGAAAUCCACCUGGAUCAUUUGGUACCGUCCACCCACGCCUAAAUACUCCGACUACGAAAAGUCAACCGUCCCCCUUGCAUCUAUAUCCUCGGUCGAAAGUUUCUGGUCGAUAUAUUCGCACUUGAAGCGGCCUUCUCUUCUACCCACUGUUUCCGACUAUCAUAUCUUUAAAAAGGGUAUUCGCCCUGUAUGGGAAGAUGAUGCCAACAAGAAGGGUGGGAAGUGGGUGGUGAGAUUGAAGAAGGGUGUUGCUGAUCGGUACUGGGAGGAUCUUCUCUUAGCUAUGGUUGGUGACCAGUUCGCGGAGGCUGGUGAUGAAGUUUGCGGUGCUGUCCUCAGCGUACGGAGUGGCGAAGACGUGUUGAGUGUCUGGACCAGGAUUGACGGUGGGCGCAAUAUCAAGAUCCGGGAAACGAUCAAGCGUCUUCUCAGCUUCCCGAUCGAUACCAACAUUGUCUGGAAGAGCCAUGACGACAGCAUUGCUCAACGCUCUGCCAUUGAUCAAGCGCGUCAAGAGAAGGCCGCCGGAAACAACGGCCACCACCAUCAUCACCACCAUCACCAUCACCACAACAACAAUAACAACAGCAAUCCACAUCACAAUCUAGGUACAGAUCGACGAAGAGUCACGGCUAAUGAUGACUCUACGGGAGAUAAAGGAAAGGGUGCGGCGUCGUGA